AUGUUAGGGAAGUCAGCGUCCAAAUGCAUGCCGAGAAUUGAAGACGAAGAUAGUGACUUUAACGCGAUUACACAACAUAUUACGCGCACAUGUAUUGAUCUUGCCGAACGCUGGCUUGAUGAGACACAAGAAACUGCGACAGCCGCAGCACCGAGUCAGGCGGAUAUGUUAGCAGCGUGCUCUGUGGUCUCCAUAAGUCUCGAAAUCGGCAAUAUCGAAUUCUCCUGGGAAAUGCUACGCCACACAUGUAGUAUCGCCAAAGCGCUGGGAUAUUUUCAUAUUGACGCCGCGCCCCAGUAUGCUGCAACCGAGUCAGAAAAAGUGGAGAAGAACCGCAAACGCUUUGAGUUCUGGCACCUCCUCCGCACUGACUGCAUGUUUCGUCUGUCGCUUGGGAAACCGGCUGUUAUUCGCAAAGGCGAGUGGGCUGUGAACUUUCCGGACAGUCCUGGGAUUAUCGGCAGUGAGAAGGAUGAAGAUGGGGAUGAGAGUAGUCGAAUGAUAGAAAUCCACUUUCUGGCAUCAAUGCGGCAGACACUCGUGAUGUUGCGGUAUUUGGACUAUAUGGAGGGACCAGACGGGAUCGACGAGGAGACUAUUGAUGCCCUUAUCGCAGAGACGGAGACCAGCACGGCGCUUUGGAGACCCGACGAACUGCUCGGAUCCAAAGCUAAUCGAAUUGACUCGCUGCUUUCGUUAGAUAUGCUGCUGGGAUCGUAUAAGAUGCUGAUUAUACUAGACCAAGCACGACAGAACCGAAACCGAAGUAGAGACCAGGAUAGAAAUUCCGGGCUGUCUCCCUACACGGUCGAAAUCGCCCGACGGUCUCUGCAGGCGCUCCAGGCCGCCAUGCGUUCGGCAGGGUAUGAAUAUGCGCGAUGGGGUGUUAGGUGUGUUUACGUCCUUACUGUUGGGAAUGAUGGCCGUUACUGA